GAAGCCUCAAAAUAAAAGGAAUAGCCUACGAUCAGAAUUAAGAAGUAUCGUUUUGUAGGCUUCUUUUAAUUAUUUCCAUGAAUAUUUCUGGUGUGGGCUACUUGUGGGCUACUGCCUGUCGAGUAUGUGCCUACAGAUCAUCAGCAAAAUGAAAAAAGUUUCUCCACACCCUGGUCUUACUCUGGUUUCAGAGGAACCCAAACGGGCAACCUCAAAACACUGACCUGGCUUUGCCAUUGGAUUCAGCGGCUGUGGUCGGGGCGGGUGAUCUGGAGCGCAGAGACAUUAUAAUCACCAAUUACGCACAACGGACAGCCGGUACAGCUAGUGCCUAACUUGUGGGAUGUACACAUCUGAAGUAACACAUUUUUUGGAGCUUGCAGCGGCGCGAUUCACGCUUGUUUUGACACAUUUCAGUUAAGAGAAAGAGAGAGCAAGAGGGCGGGAAAAGAAGAGACUUACGUUAAUGUGGGGUGAUGCCCUCCCCUUGCCAAAUGUCUACCCCCGAGAUGGUGACACACUCCUUCAUAACCCCAAUCUCGCAGCUCCACUAGCAGACUAACAGCCAUCGGAACUCUUUCAACCCUGCUCAUCAAAUGACCAUAUUUUAACGAAACAGCCAUUCGACACCGCGCAUGACUGAGAAUACUGAGCCUAUGACGAAAAGUAAAAUAUAGCAAAGUAUCAAAUCCUUUUUCAAAAUACCUUCUCAAGGCCGCACAGUGUUGGUUUGAACAGGAGUUUCCCCUUCCCACCCGCGCAUCUUGUAAAUCCCCCUUGUAUAUGUGCAUGGUCCUGGAACCCGGAGCGCAUUCCCAGCCCUUGCUGGUGAUGCUAUGCCCCGCAAUCACAGCGGAGAUGAGGGCGGCAGCACAGGGCUCUGGAUGAAGACAUCUCCUGGCCGUCGAGCUCAGGAAUACGGACUGAAAGAUGUGGAGUCCGGUCAGAGUACAAUGAACAACGCGGUGAGGACGGGCGACGGUCUGCUGUCGGCAGGAGGUGGCGGUUCCUCGCCGGGGGCGGCAGGUGCAGGAGGCACAGAGUGCCAGAGGAGGAAGCAGGGCGCCCGCCUGAGUCUCCUCGGGAAGCCGCUUACAUACAGCGCACAGAGCGGCCGUAGGAAUGCCCGCUACCGCAAGCUCCAGAACUACCUCUACAACGUCCUGGAGAGACCAAGAGCUUGGGCUUUCGUCUACCAUGCUUUUGUGUUCAUCCUGGUCUUUGGCUGCUUGAUUCUGUCGGUGUUGUCCACUAUUCCGAUGUAUCAGGACCUGUCCUCUCACUGCCUCCUCAUACUGGAGUAUGUGAUGAUCGUGGUGUUCGGCCUGGAGUACAUCAUGCGUGUCUGGUCUGCCGGGUGUUGCUGUCGCUACAGAGGAUGGCAGGGCCGACUGCGCUUUGCAAGGAAGCCAUUUUGUGUCAUAGAUGUCAUCGUCCUCAUUGCCUCUAUCGCUGUUUCAGCUGGUAGCAAAGGCAACAUCUUUGCGACAUCAUUGCGAAGCCUCCGAUUCUUGCAGAUCCUGCGCAUGGUGCGCAUGGACCGACGGGGUGGCACCUGGAAGCUGCUGGGAUCUGUAGUUUACGCACAUAGCAAGGAGCUGGUGACCGCCUGGUACAUGGGCUUCCUGGUGCUCAUCUUCUCCUCCUUCCUUGUCUAUCUGGUGGAGAAGGAGUUCAACAAGCAGUUUGCCACCUAUGCCGACGCACUCUGGUGGGGUACGAUCACCCUCACCACUAUUGGCUACGGGGACAAGACUCCCCAGACGUGGACGGGACGGCUACUCUCAGCUGGCUUCGCUUUGCUCGGCAUCUCGUUUUUCGCCCUCCCUGCGGGUAUCCUAGGUUCAGGCUUUGCUCUUAAGGUCCAGGAGCAGCACAGACAGAAGCAUUUUGAAAAACGAAGAAACCCAGCAGCCUGUCUCAUCCAGUGUGUUUGGCGUAGCUAUGCGGCUGAUGAGAACUCGGUUUCCAUUGCUACCUGGAAGCCUCAUUUGAAGGCUCUGCAUACCUGCAGCCCUGUAAAGAAAGACCAGGGAGAGACCACCACCAGCAGUCAAAAGCUGAGCUUUAAGGAGCGCGUUCGGAUGGCCAGUCCGCGUGGCCAGAGCAUCAAGAGCCGUCAGACGACGGUGAACGACCGGCGCUCACCGGGCACCGACGUGGGCGUGGAGGGCACCAGCCCGGCCAAGGUGCAGAAGAGCUGGAGCUUUAAUGACCGCACGCGCUUUCGGCCUUCACUCCGGCUCAAGAGCCAGUCACGCACCGUGCCUGAAGCAGACACCAACCCUGGAGCUGACGAGGCUGUGGAUGAGCGGGGCUGCCACUGUGACGUGACAGUAGAGGACCUGUCCGCCCCUCUGAAGAGUGUCAUCAGAGCUGUCAGAAUUAUGAAGUUCCAUGUAGCCAAGAAAAAGUUCAAGGAGACUCUGAGGCCUUACGAUGUGAAGGAUGUGAUUGAGCAGUACUCAGCCGGCCACUUGGAUAUGCUGUGUCGAAUCAAAAGCCUGCAGACCAGGCUGGACACAAUUGUAGGUCCUCCACAGUCCCUGGGCGGCAAAGCCAAGACCUUUUCCUCCCCCUCUCUGCACUUGUAUUACAGCCAGACCAGGAGGAAGCACUCUGCCCCCGGGCUCGCCUCAGGCUUGGGGCCCCAUCACAAUCUGAGCGCCAAAACCAGGAACCUUUCCUCCCCCUCCUUGCACUUGUAUUACAGCCAGGCCCGGAGGAAGCAGUCCGCCGUUGGGGUGGAUCAGAUUCUGGGCAAAGGGCAGAUACCAAUGGAUAGGAAAAUGAGAGAUAAGGUCCACCCAGAAGGUGACACACUCGAGGAUAUGAGUAUGCUUGGUCGAGUGUGCAAGGUGGAGAAACAGGUGCAGUCCAUUGAGUCCAAGCUGGACUCGUUGCUGGACAUCUACAGGCAUGCUCUGCAGAAAGGAUCCUCCUCUGGCCUCACGUUGGCCUCGCUGCCCUUGUUCGAGCUGGAGCAGACAUCCGACUACCCCAGCUCCGUCCAGAGCUCGGAGCACGCCUUCCCCACGCAAGCCGCCCAUGCAGGCCGCGGGGUGCUGCGCUCGCACAGCGCCAACCUGCCCCACGGCCUCCAGCUCAUCCUGGCACCGAGCGAACUGAGCCUGGGCGCCGGCCCGCCGGGCUACCCCACGUCGGCGUCCUCCUUCACGCCCUCGCCGUCGCCACUCUUCCACGGCCAGUCGCCCUCGUCCGCCGACAGCAGCUUGUACCCCGGCUCGCCGCCCCCGAUCCUCACGCCCGGCGCCCUCUCAGGCCCGCUGCAGUUCCCCAACCUGGCCAGGCCCGCGCCCACCAUGCCCGGCUGUCCCACCACCAUGUCCCCCACCACCACCGCCACCCUUCAGCUGCCUGCUGUGGUGGCCCCAGUUCCGGUUGCGGGGAGGCCGGUGGGGGUGAUCCCCGAGCUGGUGCCUGAGAGCGGGGUGGUUCAGGAGGGCUCCCCCAGCACGUGCCUGGCCACCGGGUCCACAGACGACAGCACAAACAGCAGUAGCGGUGCAGAGCACCCUGGGAACGCUGUACGGCUCCGGAGCCGUGCUCCGCGGAGCCCCAAGGAAGACGGCUCCUGGAGAAGACACCUGAGCCUGGACGUGGACCCUCUUCUGCUGCUGCGGCCCGCUGAGGACGCCGCCUCCACAGACCGCAAUCUGGGCAAGUCCCUGUCCGUGCAGAACCUCAUGCUGCCGUCGAGCACAGACAGCAACCCCCCAGGCACCCCCCUCACAGGUGGCAGUGUUGGCGGCGGUGGUGGUGGUGGGGGCAACAACAAUAACAACGAGCACCACAUAGGCCAAGAGGAGCCCCUGGCAAAAUGGGGCGAGACGGAACUGUUCAUCGGAGACAGCAGCGAAUUGAGCACGCCAACCCUGGGAACAUUCGACUUCCUCUCUCAGCAGAAUACGGACAUGAGCUUCGUCUCUGAGCACUGAGUCCAAGGAUUUUCGGACAGUGGUGAAUGGGAAAUCAGUGACCGAUAGCUCAGAUUCCCUUUAGUCUGCCCGAGGUCUGACUAAAUUGACUCCUCUUGGGCUGUGAUCGGCGCUAUGAUGUCAGGACUUGACAUCUGCUCUCCUCUGUUUUGUUUUCUGUUUCUCAUUUUCUGUUAGUUUCUUUCAGAUUUUUUAUUGUUGUUUUUUUUUUUUUGGUAUGAGGAGAGUUGUCUGAGAGUGUUAGCAGCGCUCAAUAUUCUCAGUCUGUGUGGACUGAACUGACAAGGUUCCCCAUUGUUUUUUUGCUAAUGAAUACAUAUCACUGCAUGGAUUAUUUCUUUAACAAAUGAACGGAAAGGUAUAUGGAAGAACCUGUGAGUGAUUGUGCUAUCAGAUGACAAGGAGCAAAAUAGAGGGGGACAAAUGUAAGGCAACUGUAAGAGGUCUUAUCACAGGCGUGCAUGAGCACUGCAUGUUUCUAGGGAAAAAUGCAAUGGUGCAUUAGGCUGAAAGUAUUUAUGCACUCUUUUAAAAGCCCCCUGUAUUAGCAACAAAUUGGCAUCAUGUAUCAUUGUUGAGCACUCCAAAACUUAAUUUAGCUGUCAUGCAUGUUUUAGAUUAAAUGAUAGCAUUCAGAACAAAAUAGGCAGACCCAGUUUAUGUAUGUUAUUAGCUAUUGUUGGUUUUUGGUAUGACAAUAUGGACACUCCCAUAUAUACACACAAUUAAACACUUAAAACCAUGAUAAUAACAUGCAGUAUAAAACACACUAUAUCCAACCUAACAUUCAAGUUCAAUUUCUCAUCAGUCUCAUCAGCUAUUUUCUGAUUAAAAAGGAGAAAAACGUUUAACAACUUACAACAAGUAGAUGACAACUGGCAGGGACAUGGCCAACUAAGGUCAAGUUGUUGAGGAGAGGAGGAUUAUUUCCCUCUAUAGAUAAAGAUAGAUAAACCGUCUUUGGUUUGGGUGGAGAGAACCUUUUUGGAGUCUUCAACACGUUGGCAAGGGUUGAACACCCACCCAAAUAUGACUAUGCCUCUUGAAUGGUUGUUUGUUACUGAUUGCAAGACUCAUCGCACACAUGUCCAUACUGAGAUACAAACCUCUGUCAACAGUUUCCUUAUGGUGCUCGUGCAGAAUGUUAUAUCAAAUAUUAAUGUGGUACUAUGGUACUCAUCUAAUGUUAUUUUCACUCUUGAGAACUCACUGUUUGUAAUUGACAACCUAAAGAAUAUUUGAAUGUGAAUGUUUGUCAUUUUCAUCUGUCUUUUUGGACUGAGGCAUUGUCAAUUGUACAUCAGAGAGAAGAAUUGAUUUUGAAACAAAUGUCAAAAGUCAUCUUAUUGUGUUAUUUAUUGAACCUUUUUACAUCUGGGACAAGACAAGAACACAUCAGUCUUAAACCUCUGACACCUGUUAAAGAGAUUGAAAAUCAUCAAGGUGACUUCCAUUCUUUAUAGUUUUCUGUGUAAUGCAUUUGAAUGGUACAAAAGUGCUUUAGCUAAGAUGGCUAGCAUUAUACCCACAGAAUGUAAUGUGUACAUCGUUAAUUUAAUAUUUUGUUGAUAUGUAUAUGUGACUUGCAAAUCUUGCAUAGAUGUAUUGACAUACCACACAUGCUUGAGUCAAAGUCUCUAAACGGAUCAGUCAGUGCAUUUGUUGGCACGGCUUAGUAUAUACAGUAGAAGCACAAAUGUCCAAAGGUGAAGACGAAACCUGAAAAUGUGAUUGCAAACGUUUUGCAAGGUCACACCACAUUGAAUUGUAUUUAAAAAAAUAUAAUGGCAAUUGUUCCAAAAUGUGUUGCUCUGCUGACGAGGGGAAGCACCGAAGGAAAAUCUCCUAUUAUCAGCAAAUUCCCUUGUAGAAUUAAACUUGGGUUGUCCGUAGUGGACACUUAGAAGGGUUUAUUUACGUCAAGCCUAUCCGUAGGGUUGAGGCUGUAAAAGAACAUUUAAAAACUAAUACACCUAUUUUACACUGAUUUUAAUAUCUUUUGUUUAACUGUUCUGAUAUAAAUUCUUUACUGUGCCUUUAUGCAUUUUAUUAUGAUUACAUAUGAUUAUUUCUUUUUCUUCCAUAGUUGCAUACCUACUAAAACAAAUGGAGAUAGUCUAGAGGUUCUGAAAAGUAGAUGCCCUCAAGGUGCAUACUUUUAUCUGGCUGGCUGCAAACCUGGUACAUGUUUAUCAUUUAAAUCAGAAUUUAUUUUAUUUUUAUCACUAAUAAUGUAAUUUAUCACACAAACUGGCCUUAAAUUACAAGCUUGAUAAUGUUAACGUUCUAUGUCAUGCAGAUUAAUUUAUUACAACAAAACAUGUGCACAUAACAGAGGAGACAAACACUCUGUGACUGAAAAAAAAAAUGCAAAAUGAAAAAUUCAAUAAAGAAACUUAAAACAA